AAAACCGAGCUCUUCCGCUGCCUCAGUCCCGGCCCCUUCUCGGCCGACACGCGCUUCCGCUCCCGACACCAAGCACCGCCCCCCCGGGGAAGCUACCUGGCCGCGCUCGCUCUCCCGGGGAUUGAUCCAGCGGGAACUCCACACUCCAGCACCGCCCUCCUGUCUGCACUUCAGCGCCAUGAGGCCCAGGUGAGCCUCUCCACCUGAGCUGCACCUUCCUGUUGUCUGCUUCAGCUGACUCUCUGAGACGGGGGAGUUUGGAAUCCCUCUGGAGGAGAAUUCUUUGCUGCAAGGGCAGGAGAAUGAGUGGGCAGCGUGUGGAUGCCAAAGUUGUGAUGCUGGGCAAAGAAUACGUGGGCAAGACCAGCUUGGUGGAAAGAUAUGUUCAUAACCGCUUCCUUGUGGGGCCCUACCAGAAUACAAUAGGUGCUGCAUUUGUGGCCAAAGUCAUGCCAGUAGGAGGCCGGACAGUGACUCUGGGAAUUUGGGAUACAGCUGGCUCGGAAAGGUAUGAGGCCAUGAGCCGGAUAUACUAUCGUGGGGCAAAAGCUGCCAUUGUAUGUUAUGAUCUUACUGAUAGCAGCAGUUUCCAGAGAGCAAAAUUCUGGGUGAACGAACUGCAGAACUUUGAAGAGAACUGCAGGAUCUAUUUGUGCGGCACCAAGAGUGACUUAUUAGAUGACGACAGGAGAAAACGGGGAAUUGACUUCCACGAUGCACAGGACUAUGCUGAUGAGAUCAAAGCUGAGUUGUUUGAAACCUCCAGUAAGACAGGACAAAACGUAGAUGAGCUCUUCAAGAAAGUAGCUGAAGACUAUGCACAGUUUACUGCAUUUCAAGAAAUGACAGAGGAUAAAGGAGUAGAUCUGAGCCAGAAGAACACUCCCACCUACUUCUACAGCUGCUGCCAUCAUUGAAAUUCUCCUUAGUUUGCCAAAAGCAGUGUUCCUCUUCCUGGGUUUGCAUUGCAGUUCACACUCUUGAGAUGGUUCACAUCUUUUAUCGGCUGCAUGGAACAUUUUGCCCAUUGGCCAUUCAGAGCAUCCCUGGCUGGAGCCUCUUCAGGGAAGAGAGAAUGCAGCAGACCCAGGUGUUUUGUUGCAUCUACUGCAAGCCUUGUUGCCGAGAGACUGGGAUUGCCUUGCGGCCUCCUCCUUUCCAGAGGCUAGCAAAAUUAUCGAAGCAUGCCAGGAAUUGGUUUUUCACAACAGGCUUCCUUGCAGAAGACAGCCUGUUCUGACUGUGGUAGGUUCUGCCCUUUGGAAGGUGUUGUGUGAUUCCUUUGCUUUACUAUUUAAAACAGGCUUCUAAUAAGUUAUAUAAAUGUAAAUAAAAAUG